UUUAGGUUAGAAAAAGAGAAGUUUCGGAGAUGGAAUGUGUCAACUUAUGUUCCAAAAAACCCAAUAAACUGCAAUAUUUAUAUGAGAAAUAUAAACUGAAGGAGCAAGUAGUCUGUACGACUUCCGUUUCUACCGAAGAGCAACAGAAGCCUCAACUCAAACUGGCAGAACCACCUGUGAUAACAAUGAGCGGAGUUACUGCAAUUGAGAUUCCACAAUGGAUUCAAGAUAAUCAAGAGGAUUUUGUACCACCUGUUUGUAACAAGUGUAUGUUCUCGGAUCAGUUGAAAGUUUUCUACGUUGGAGGACCAAAUCAAAGAAAAGAUUUUCAUUUGGAAGAAGGAGAAGAGUUUUUCUUCCAGAGAAAAGGGGAUAUGGUACUGAAAGUGAUUGAAAAGGGUCAAGUCCGUGAUCUAGUAAUCAAGCAAGGGGAAAUGUUCAUGUUGCCAGCAAGAGUAGAACAUUCACCUCAAAGAUUUUCCAACUCUAUUGGUCUUGUCGUUGAACGUGAACGAAAGAAUACUGAAUUUGAUUGUGUUCGAUUUCUUGUUGGUUCUUCCAAUAUCACACUCUUUGAAAGAUGGUUCUAUUUGACUGAUGUUGUCAAGGAUUUACCUCCAUUAAUCAAAGAAUUUUAUGGAUCGAAUGAAUUCAAAACUGGUAAACCAGGAAAAGGAACAUUUGCAUGCAAUGCUCCAUACGAAGCAAGAUGGACUGAUUUACCCGUACCUAUUAAUAGAAAAGAAUUUAUCUAUGAUCAUAUCAGUGAAGUGAAAAACGGACCAGUGAGAAUUUAUGGAGCACCUGAGUACAAAACUGAAGUUAUGUUGCUAGGAGAGGGAUCUUAUGAUUUGGAAAGUGGAACUGUAGAGUUGCUAAUUUGGUUGCAGGAAAACACAUUUGCGGUCGUAGAAGAGAGCGGGUUCACUUAUGCAAUGAAAUCGGAGACCAUGGUUAGGAUAAAACCGAACACAAAGUGUCUUCUUAAUGUCAAAGGAGGAUUUGCUAUCACCAUCAGAAUGCCAGCAUAAUUUUUUUUUUCAAUUUUGUAAAAGUCAAUUUCCAUAUAGGCUGAUUGAAUGAAUGCUUUUUUCAAUAUUUCUAUCUUUAUUCCAAAAUGUAAUUUCAAUUUUGAUUUAUAACAAAAUGAAUGACAUGCAAUCGUG